AUGUGUUUUAGUGGAAUACCAUUACUCACAAUUUUAUUGGCAUUUAUAGCCAUAGCCCUGGCUUAUCCCUACUCUUGGGGCAUGCAUCAGAACAAUUAUGAUGCCAGUCUUGAUCCAAUAGCCUGGUCCAGAGGUUUCGUUAAGGAUUCAAUACGUAGACCACGACUGCUGCGCUCCAAUUCAGUGGAUAACGACGAAGAAGACAAUGGCCGAAGAUAUGUGACAAAGAAAAAUCAUUUUGCAGCUUCACAAUAUCGUUUUGGAAGAAGGAAUUCGGUUUCUAAGGCAAGUCAUGCAGAUUUUAUGAAUUCAAGAUAUGCUGCGGAAUUGUCACCAGGAAAAUUUAGCUCUAUGAGAAAAAAUUUCUAUCGUCGCCGUUUACAAAAAUUAGAUGCUCGCGAACGUUAUGGCUUGAUAUAA